AUGUACCGUACCGGUGAUCGAGCACGAUAUCUGCCUGAUGGUAAUCUGGUCUAUCUCGGACGCAUGGAUCAGCAAGUGAAAAUCCGUGGUUUCCGUAUUGAACCUGGUGAAAUUGAAGCCCAUCUAGUCAAACAUCCUCAGGUGAAAGAGGCGGUUGUACAGCCCCACGGCAAUGGAUCAGAUGCUCGACUGGUAGCUUAUGUAGUGACCGAUUCAGAUACACCAUUAGCACAGGAUUUACGCACCUACCUAUCGACGAUACUUCCUGAUUAUAUGGUACCAGCGGCGUAUGUGUGUCUACAAUCCCUACCACUCACACCCAAUGGCAAACUAGAUCGACGAGCACUACCGGCUCCGGACGACGAUGCGUUUACUCUCCAAUUGUAUGAAGCCCCACAGGGUGAAAUCGAGGGAAAACUGGUCGAUAUUUGGUGUGAAUUGCUAAGCAUUGAUCGUAUAAGUCGUAAUGACAACUUCUUUGCAUUGGGGGGCCAUUCUCUGUUGGUCAUUCGCUUGUUGGCACGUUUGAGAAAAAUCGGGCUGAACACCACCGUACGUGAGGUGUUUGAUGCUCCCACUCUGGCUAAGUUGGCAUCAACCUUUACGCACUACCAGACAGUGACUAUUCCGCCCAAUCUUAUUUCCACAAACAGCACAGAGAUUACUCCAGAAAUGUUACCUCUAAUUAAUCUUUCUCAGUCAGAAAUUGAUGCAAUUAUUGCACAGGUACCUGGCGGAGUAUCUAAUAUUCAAGAUAUUUAUGGAUUGGCUCCAUUACAGAACGGUAUGUUGUUCCAUCAUCUGAUGGCCGAAAAGGGCGACCCAUACUUGAUAGUGAGCCAAUUCAGUUUCGUUGACCGAACAUCACUUGUACGCUAUACAGACGCCGUGCAACGAGUAAUUGCUAGACACGAUAUUUUGCGUACUGCCUUUAUUAAUGAAGGUCUCAAUGAGCCUGCACAGGUCGUUUUGCGACAGGUUCCUUCAUUUGUCACCGAGGUUAAAUUGGAAGAUACCACUAAAUCACUAUUUGACCAGUUAAGGCAGCAAUUUAAUCCGCGUCAUUACCGAUUAGACUUGACACAAGCACCGCUAUUGCGUUUGAUGGCUACGCCAUCAUCUGACGGGAACUGGAUAGCAUUACAAUUGAUGCAUCAUAUAAUUGGUGACAAUAGUACACAGGAGCAACUACACAACGAAAUUUAUGCCAUACUUGACGGCGAGAGUGAUAAACUGAUGACCCCCAUUCCAUUCCGAGAAGCGGUUUCAUGUGCUCGCUUAGGAUUUGAGCCAGCUGCUCAUAAACGAAUCUUCAGUGAAAUGCUUGGCGAUAUUGAUGAGCCAACUUUGCCAUUUGGUUUGAGCCAUAGUGGCUGGGACGAGUCUGAUAUUUGUGAAGUGCAGCUGAAAUUGCCGAAAGAUUUGAUUGAUCAAUUACAACAGCAUGCAAGGAAUUUAUGGGUCAGUCUGUCUAGUUUGUGUCAUCUUGCCUGGGCACAAGUACUUUCUCGAGCGAGCGGACGCGAGGCAGUUGUUUUUGGGACCGUCCUCUUUGGCCGAUUACAUGAUGGAGAGGCGAAUAACAUUGCCUUAGGACCGAUGAUUAACACACUCCCACUGCGAUUAGAUAUUGAUGAGACGAGUGUCGUGACCGCAGUGCGCACUACCCAUGUUCGGUUGAGUACAUUGUUGGCACACGAACACGCACCGCUUGUGUUGGCACAACGUUGCAGUGGAAUUCCAACUGGCCUGCCUCUGUUCAGUGCACUGUUGAACUAUCGUCAUAAUCAGCCGACCAGCCAAUUCGAAACUUCAUUACCUGGAGUCACCUACUUAGGAAGUGAGGGAUUAACUAAUUAUCCGUUGACUAUAUCGCUAGAUGACAAUGAUGAUACUUUGACAUUGUCGGUCCAAGUGGUGUCAUCAAUGUCAGCGGCUCGAAUUUGUGCCUAUAUGAAACAAGCUCUGGAAUCAAUUUCCGAUACGCUUAUACAAACACCCCAACAACCAAUUCGAACAUUGACAGUGAUGCCACCAGAAGAACGCAUGUUGCUGCUGCAUCAAUGGAAUCAGAACACAGAUAAUUAUUCAAACUCCCACUGCCUUCACCAUUUAUUCGAGCAACAAGUAGAACGCAACGGGAAGGCUGUUGCUGUGGAAUGUGAAGGAGUGACUCUAACCUAUAGUGAACUCAAUGCCCAAGCCAACCAGCUAGCACAUUACCUGAUCGCAAAAGGAGUGAAACCAGAUGAUUGUAUUGCCCUUUGUAUCAAACGAAGUGUCAAAUCAAUCGUAGCCAUACUGGGUAUUCUAAAAUCAGGUGGCGCCUAUGUACCACUUGAUCCGGUCUACCCGAGUCAACGUCUGACCCAUAUCCUACAGGAUGCUAGCCCUACAUUUAUGUUGACCGACGCUACUGGCCGGAAAGCACUCGGAGACCAUCAAAUGCCUUCGAUUGACUUCGACAAACCAUUGCCUACCAAUUUGCCAAUCGAUGAUCCAGUCGCUACGAAAGUUGGAAUCACUCCAAACCAUCUAGCCUAUGUCGUUUACACCUCUGGAUCAACAGGAACUCCGAAAGGAGUAAUGGUUGAACAUAGAAAUGCAAUAAAUUGCAUUUACUGGAUCAACGAGGCAUUUACAGCUGACGAUUUCGAGCAUACUUCGUUUUCAACCUCCGUGAAUUUUGAUAUAUCUCUAUAUGAAUGUUUCGCAUCACUGUCAUUAGGAACAACAUUACAUGUCAUACCAAAUGUGAUCGCACUGUCAAAAUACUCUAAAAUUUCUAUGAUCAGUACGAUACCUUCUGCCAUGGCAGCGAUACUCAAUGAUGAUUCCUUACCAAUGUCACUCCGUAAUCUCCAAUUGGCUGGCGAACCACUAAAAUCCAGCUUGAUCAAACGUAUUUUCUCACGAAUUUCACUCAACGAGCUAUGUAAUCUCUAUGGCCUGACAGAAACGUCAUUUUUCUCAACGUUGCAUAGGUUCAAACGAGAUGAUGAAGUAAUUGAAACGAUAGGGCGACCAAUUGCAAAUACUCAGAUAUAUCUUCUGGAUACACAUGGCGAGCCAGUACCAUUGGGAGCUGAGGGAGAAUUGUAUAUUGGUGGUGCUGGUGUGGCACGUGGCUACUUGAACCGACCUAAACUUACCGCGGAACGUUUUCUACCCGACCCAUUCAGUGACAAUUCAUCAGCACGCAUGUACCAAACUGGUGAUCGAGCGCGAUAUCUGCCUGAUGGUAAUUUGGUCUAUCUCGGGCGCAUCGACCAGCAAAUAAAGAUCCGCGGUUUCAGAAUUGAGCCUGGCGAAAUCGAAACUCACUUAGUCAAACAUCCGCAGGUGCAAGAGGCGGUCGUACAAUCUUAUGGCAAUGGAUCAGAUGCGUGUCUGGUAGCUUAUAUAGUGGCCGAUGCGGAUACAUCAAUAGCACAAGAUUUACGCACAUAUUUAUCGAAUCUACUACCUAAUUAUAUGGUACCAGCGGCUUACAUGUGUCUACCGUCCUUGCCGCUCACACUCAAUGGAAAGCUAGACCGUCGAGCACUACCGCCUCCAGAUGAUGAGGCGUUUGUUCGUCAGCAGUAUGAAGCUCCACAGGGUGAAAUGGAAGAAAAACUAGCAGAUAUCUGGCGUGAACUGCUGAGCAUUGAGAGUAUCAGCCGGCAUGACAACUUUUUCGAAUUGGGUGGCCACUCUCUGCUUGUGAUGAAGUUCGCUAACAAAGCUAAGCUCAGUGAUAUUCACAUUGAUGCUCGUGGUAUAUUCUCCUUUCCAAUACUCAAAGAUUUAUCCGAACAAAUAACUAACCGUUCCAACCGAUUGUAUUGUGAUGUCGCUAUACCAGCUCGUCAAUACGGGAGCGAAAAACCUCUCUUUUUGUUGCCAGAUGGUUAUGGAGAUAUUUCUUAUGCUUUCGAACUAGCCCAUGACAUAGAUAGAAAUAAUCCUAUUUAUGUUCUACCGUGGUCAUCGCCUGAGAAUGAACAGCCGUCAUGCAUCGAGGAAAUGGCCAAAGCAAUGAUUUAUCUUAUAAGGACUAUUCAGGCAAAUGGCCCUUAUACAAUUGCUGGAUACUCAGCUGGCGGUAUUCUAGCUUAUGAAAUAACAAAACAACUUCUAAAAUGUGGCUUUACUGUUUCAUUCUUGGGCCUUAUCGAUACAUAUGCACCCGUUGAAAAUACAAAUACGAAUACAAAUACCGAAACUGUGACGUUUUUGACAUCCUUACUCCACAAAUUUCCAGUUUUCAAAUCGAUGGAUAAUUUAAAAUGGUUAGCCCGUGUUAGAGAAUUGACUCUCAAUGAAGCAGUUGACGAGAUGAAGAAGAUGAAUACAGAUUUUAAAAAUAUAGAUUUUGAAUGGGAGGCAUCGCUAGCGAAACAGCAACACAAUUAUCAAAAGCUAUGUGCAUCAGUCCAAGUCGAUGUACUACCUAUUAAGACCUAUCUAUUCAGGGCAGUAGAUUUGCAUUCGUUGUUUCCGUUUACUGCACACUUGGAUAACGUUUAUAAGAAAAUUGUGGAUGAUUCUAGGAAAUGUUUCAACUCUCCGAUGCUCGGAUGGGAAAAUUAUAAUCUUUCAACCAAUUUUGAUGUUAUUGCUGUAGACGGUGAUCAUUUUACAAUGAUAAAAAAUCCAAAUAAUAGAUCUUUGCUAGGAAAAAAGAUAAGCAAACUGUUACAGUCAAGGUCGAAAUCACUGAAACGUAAUUCAUAUUAGUAAAUCGCAAUUGCCCUAAGUUGAUAGAAUGAACUUAUUUCCGUGGAAAGGGAGGGAAAUCGAUAUGGAUAGAUAUAGUUAUCAUUUUGAGGACAUACAAUGAAUGAAUUUAAGUGUAAUUCUGUCAGUUAUCUUUAAUAAUAAUGCAAAUAAAGAAUGUUUUAAUUAAAAUAUU